AUGAAGGUUUUAGUCGUUCUAGCCGGGCUCCUGGCUAUCUCGGCUGCUGUCGGGCCCGUCGUCCCUGCCAAAGUCGUCUGCUACUACAACAGCAAGAGCUAUGUCAGGGAAUUCGAAGGAUGCAUUUAUCCAGCUCAAGCGCGCAUGCUGCCGUUGGACUUGGACCCUGCCCUGUCCUUCUGCUCCCAUCUGGUCUACGGAUAUGCUGGCGUCCAGCCUGACACCUACAAGAUGGUGUCCCUCAACGAGAACCUGGACGUAGACCGCUCCCACGCCAACUACCGAGCUAUCACCAACUUCAAGACCAAAUACCCUGGUCUGAAGGUCCUGCUGUCUGUUGGUGGUGACGUCGACACUGAAGAAGCCCAGAAAUACAACCUCCUGCUGGAGUCCCCACAGGCGCGCACAGCAUUCGUGAACUCCGGAGUGCUGUUGGCUGAACAGCACGGUUUCGACGGCAUCGACCUCGCCUGGCAGUUCCCCAAAUACAAGCCCAAGAAGAUCCGCUCCACCUGGGGAUCCAUCUGGCACGGUAUUAAGAAGACCUUCGGUACCACCCCUGUCGAUGAGAAGGAGGCUGAGCACCGUGAAGGUUUCACCGCUCUGGUCCGUGAGCUGAAACAGGCCCUGAACGUCAAGCCUAACAUGCAAUUGGCUGUCACUGUCCUACCCAAUGUCAAUUCUUCCGUCUACUUCGACAUUCCCGCCAUCAUCAACUUGGUGGACAUUGUGCACCUUAGUGCUUAUGACUUCGAGACUCCCGAACGCAACCCUAAGGAGGCUGACUAUGCUACUCCCAUCUACACUCCCCAAAACCGCAACCCACUGUGGAAUGCUGACGCCGUUGUCAACCACUGGCUCCAGGGUGGUGCUCCUGCCCACAAACUGGUGUUGGGUAUCCCUACCGCUGCCCGUACCUGGAAACUGGACAGUGAAAGCGAGAUCUCUGGAGUUCCUCCAAUUCACGCUGACGGCGCUGGUGAAGCUGGACCUUACACCAAAACCGAAGGAAUCUUGAGUUACCCUGAAGUCUGCGCCAAAUUGAUCAACCCCAACCACCAGAAGGGCAUGCGUCCUCACCUCAGGAAGGUCACUGACCCCAGCAAGCGCUUCGGAACAUAUGCCUUCCGUCUUCCUGAUGACAACGGUGACCCAGGUCUAUGGGUGUCCUAUGAAGACCCUGACACUGCUGGACAGAGGGCUGCUUACGUCAAGGCCAAGAACCUCGGUGGAGUUUCCAUCGUUGACCUGUCCAUGGAUGACUUCCGCGGCCUCUGCACCGGGGACAAGUACCCCAUCCUCAGGGCUGCCAAAUACCGUCUUUAA